UAAUUUAUAAUUUAGCUCUGGCCAAUGCGUCGAAAGUUGUGCUUCCAUGAUACAUAGAUAUAUUAUCCAGUUUAUAUACAUUUAUGCAUAUUUAGGUGGAAAAACAAAGAAGAUAAACGUGUGUUUGAUUACUGCAUUGAUCGGUUUUAAUUUGAUAUGACAACUUGUUGUAGAACAAUUUAAUUUGUGGAUGCAAAGAAGUAUCAGCUCGGUUUUUAAAGAAGUGAUUUUUUUCAACAUUAAUGAAAAGCAAAUAUUUAAGACCUUUUAACGAGUAGAAGCUUAGUGCAAUGGAUAAUACAAAACAAUUCUGACAAGACAAUUGGUGGAGUUAUUAUUUAUAGGAAUUUUACACAGUCAAUGUCUUGAAGAAACGUUGGUAGUCAAGAUCUUAAAGACAAUUGGUUUGGAAUUUUACACAGUCUUGGCUUUGUAGACAAGUACGCACCAUUUGGCGAAGACGACACGACGAAUGAUUGCUUCCCAAAAUAAACUUGUUUCAUCCGGUAUCAGUAAGCGCCUGGACUCCAAAAGGUAAAACAUAAAGUAGAGCAAAUCUUCAAAUAGAUAAGGAAGUUGUUACGAAACGUUUUUCUUGUUAGCUGACCAUAAAUUGCGCCACAGCUUCAAGCAAGACUUUGAACUUUUUCUCAAGAUCAAAAGCUUCAAACUGUUUGGAUUAAAAUAUCGUGAGGAGAGGCUGAUUAGCAGAUAACUUGUAGUGAAUCCAUAACGUAUCUACGUGAUAUAACGAAGUUGAAUCCAAUGUUUGCGUAAUCAUUUGUAUUAUUAAUUUAUAAGGGUUGUAAUUCUUCGGAAAUAUCAAGGAGAAAUUCAUUGUCGCUUUGUUAUAUAAUGAAUUUUAAAAAAAGUAAUAGAAGACAGAAGAUAAUCGAGCAUUUGUUUGUUUAUUCAAGUUAUAAGCUAAUUCAAAAUAAUACAUUAUUGUAAAUGCAUACAUUCAUGCAACUGAGUGUAAACAAUUAAUUUAAAUAUACAGUUGCUGCCAGCCAGAAAACUGAUAAGAGUAAUGAAUAUUUAAUUGUCAACUUCAAAACUACAUAAAGGAGCAUAACGAAAUGAAUUCAUAAACUGUUAAAGAAUUCAACUUUGUAAAAGCUGUUUACAUAGAUAUCCCUGGAGAAUGACACAUGUGUUUUAAUAAAUAAUUGAUCAGAGAAAACAAAAUAUCGGAUUUACUCUAGUUCAGAAAAGAUUUUCACACGGAUUUUAGCCUUCAGUUCGCAAAUAAGACGGUAAAGGAAUGUAUUAUGUUUUAGAUUAUCCUAUAAAUUCUAGACAAUGGAUAAAUGAAAGAUGCACUAGAUAUAGGAACUAAUAGAGAUUGAACGUAAUCAGUGAAUGCCGUCUUAAAAGUUAACAUAUUAAGCGAAAAUUCAGAUUUAUAUCAACACCAUGUCGGAGAAUAAAUACGAGGUUUCGCUAUCGGUGAAGCUUAAUUCAACAGAUGACGAUUGUCCGGAAUGGUGGUGUGGUGAAACCACUACUCUGACAAUUCUAGAGGCGUGUGUAAUAGUUCUGUGCAUUCUUGGAAGUUUUGGAAAUUUAGUUACUGUUUUAGCUAUUUUAUUUUCAAGUCUGCGAUAUAGUGUAAACUGCAUUCUAAUUGGAAGUCAAAGUCUUGCUGGAUUCCUGUAUUGCUCGUUAAUUCUCUCAAUGCAAACAGUUAUAUUUCACCGACAUUCCCAUAAAGUACCGGAAAAUUUCUGCUCGGCGGCAGGUGGUAUUCGGUAUACACUAGUCGGAGUUAUAAUGUUACAUUUAAGUGUUAUUGCUUUGUACCGUUUUUUGAAUGUUGUGUAUAUUAACAAGUAUCGCUAUAUGUCUGAACUAAGGCAGUUGUCUAUAGCAAUGUCUGUUUGCUGGUUGUUACCGUUAGUAUUUACCAUCCCUCCAACGUUUCGCGUUUGGGGAGGGUUUCAUUUUCAGUCAUCUAUUUUGGCAUGUACAUUUGACAAAUCAACUGACCAAUCAAAUCGCAUUGCAACAGUCACUGCAGGUUUUAUUGUGCCAUGCCUGUUUAUAAUAUAUUGUUAUGCCAGAAUAGGCUGUGCCGCCUAUAAAAGUUUUAAAAGAAUGAGUCGAUGGAAAGGGAAUACACCCCAAGGAAAAGCUCUUAGACUAUCGGCAAUGAUGCUUUGCAUAUUCUUUAUAUUUUUCCUUGGCACAUUUCCAUAUUUUGUUCUGAAUGUAUCUGACAAAGAGUUUAAAUAUCCUAUUCACCACAUAUGGACCACUAUGCUGGGAUGGCUGCUGUAUUGUUUAAACCCAGUUGUAUACACGCUAAUGGACACUAAUUUCAGGAACGCAUAUAAGAAAAUAUUGAUGGGGGAUUGUGAAAAAAAUCCAGUGCGCAGAGCCGGAAGUACAUUUUCUCGCGCUGCAUCUGUAUGAAGAAACGACUUCAAGCAACCGUUAUUGUAUAGAGUGGUAAUAAAUUCAUAUGUUGACAGGAAGGAAUUAUAUAAUGAAAAGUUUCCUUGAUAACAUAGUAACGGUCACUGUUCGAGAAAUAAAUUGCAUCAAAGGGUUAUGGUGAUUUUGUACUGAUCGGGUUCGUUUCAAUUUUGAAUAGUUUACUCAAAAAAUCAUAGAGUGAUAUUCUGUAGUAUUCGAUUAAAAUGUUGUUACUUUAAUCAAAACAUAUACGAGUACUACCAUGCGUCAUAUUUUUAUAUGUAUUGAAAACUGUGACGUUUUAACGUAACAACCUAUUUCAUGUUUGACUUAAACACACUGCAUGGAAUGUAUACGACUAUAUUUUCAAACGUCAUUCAUAGUUUAUUCAUAAUAAGUGUUAAAAACUUGUCAACUAUUAGGUUUAUGAUAUAAGUGUCGUAAAUACUAAAAACAUUUACUUAAAAUUUAAUCAUUCCCAUUAUUUCGAAUAUUUUGAAAUGAAAAUGUGUAAAUUGUUAUAUCUGAUUAAAACAUUGGUAUUUAAAUAUAGUAUUGUAAUAUGUUAUGGUGCUGUUAUUAUAUUAUCUGUUGUUGAAAAGAUCGUAAAACAAUGUAUUUUCAAUGAUAUAUGGCUCAUUGUCUUUUGAGUUUUUGACACAUCCAUUACUACUGUUUGUGGUGAAAUGUUUUUGUUUUCUUUAUUGUUGUCUGUCUUUGAUAAUGCAUUCAUUCAUUCCAGUUUGAAUAGAAGAUUGUGCGAAGAGGUAUUCUUUUUAAAAUGAGUGUAAUGUUUUGUUUGUGAAAAUAUAGAUUUUAUCAUUAUACGAUAA